UCGCCGCGAGCGGUUGUGCCCCCAUGCCAUAAAUAUUUCGGCUAUAAUGACAUUUUGAUGUCUGCAUGAACUAAAUUAUACAACACAAAGCGAGGUCAAGACUAAGUCAAAGACAACACAACAGGAUGUGGCGAGUGUGGCGCGUGCUGAGCGUGGCGGCGUGCGUGUCGUGUGCGCUCGCGCAGCGCAUAGACCAAGAGCCCAUGUUGUCCGGCAGGCCGAGAGCCCGGGACCGCGACACCAAGCAGGACGAACCCACGUGCGACCAGCUCAAAGCUAUGUGGAGGUUCUCUAAGCGGCAAGCGCGCGCGCCGGAGAUCAUGAACGAGGUUAGCUCGUACCGGGACCCGCUCAUGUACAACGAGUGGCCCGUCUACACCGCCAUCCCCCGCGCCGCGCCCAGGUUCAGAUAUCAGUACCCGUCAGUGCCUCGCGAGGCGUACGGGCGCGUCAUCACCAAAGCACCCCCCAACGUCGUGCGCACGCCAGACUACGAGAUGUUCGGCACUCUGAACGUGCCGCACGAGGCGGGCAAGCUCCUGCGAUACCCCGGGCCGUCCAGAUCCCGUGCCGCCCCCUCCUUCAUGGUACCGCCGCAGAGGGACAGGUUUGAAACGCUGAAGAAUCUGAUCCAGCAAGAGUACCGACGGGAGCGGCAGCGCAAGUACGAGGCCGAGCAGAAACAGGAGCUGAAGGAGAUUGCCGCAGGACGGGGAAACGACGACUACGUUUACGGAUCAUACCCUGAACCGGAGCAAAAGACACAACCAGAAUACCCCGAGGAGCCAAUACCACGUCCGCACAACAAAAAACCUCUCGGAGGCAGCCGCCAGGUGUCGCAGUUCUCGCGCUACUCGGACGUGAUGCUGCCCCCCUCCCGCCGCACCUUCUAUCACCCCUACUUCGACUACGUCGUCCCCGAGUACGUCCCCUACGCCUACUGAACACACCCCACCUACACCCGGGCAUAUCAUGAUGAAGCAUAUCGCUUCGAGCUUCUACCCCGCAAUAUUUUUGUAUCCUCGGUCUCUAGGACCCUAGUCUUCGAUAACGUGACAAUAAGAUCAAUUGGUUGGUCAAUUUGAAUUUCGACAAUAAAUUAGUAUAGGUUAGGACGGCAUUUUAAAUAUACAUGUCGCUUAUAUAAAGCUCUAUUUACACGCUUUCAAUUUCACGAACCCUUGAGCCGGAGUUGUGUGAAAUUGAAGUUGAAAUCUAGGUAUUGUGCUCGGCUAACUCGUUGAGGCUUCAACCCGGACAAUAAAGUCUCUCCUCCUCUCUUGUCGUCUUAGGGUCAAUACAGACCGCAACGCGACGCGUAGAUUCAUUUCUAAAUUUGUACUGAAUUGACAGAUUUCGUGAGCGCGA